CAAGCCGGCAAUGCAGAUAUUAUCCAACCGGGUCUUGUACAGUUACAGCCAAGUCUUGAGGAAAUCAUGGCCUCGCUAGAAGGCGGCUCACCGCUUUCCACCGAACAAAGUAUUAGUUCGCCAACUAUCCCUGAUGCCGAAGAAAACACGGUCAAAACCGGUACCUCGUUCGACAAGCCUUGCUCGUCUUCGCAGUACACAAGCAAGGACUACGUUGCUGCGUCGUUGUUGAUCGAGUACAGCAGUCAGGCUGCCUCACAGUACGACCACACGGAAGCAUCGCCUGCGACGUCGGCUGGUAGCAACUACUCGUCGGAUCGAAUGUAUUCAGGUAACAGUUUCCAACCGAUCACCAGCAACCUGAAUUCGUUCUACGAGCCAUACAUCCCUCAAGUGGCGACAGUCAGCUCAGUGGACAGCCGGCAUCUGCAGUACUCGAUCGCCAAGAACUGGAACGCGGACAGCGGCAUGGUGAUGGCCCAGCCGUGUGAGGCCAGUCCCUGCAUCGACAGGAGCGCGGAUGCACAGCCCAUCGAAUGUAUUUCCCACUCCGGCAGCUGUCUGGCAAAAAACUCGUCCAAGUCGGUGAACUUCGACUCGUCCAAGCCUAAAAAGAGCCUCACCAUGGGUUCGAAGUCGUCAGUGGACAAAGCCCUUAGGAAACGAUCGCUUCCCGAGACGACGGAUACUAAAGCCGACAUUUCUCAGGGCUGCAACAGCAGCAGCGGGCCUCUCUCCCGCCUGUGUAAUAAAAGCCGCUCAUCCGAGGAUCCUACAUAUUGCUCCGCCGUCAGCGAACGUCUGUGGUGUACGGACACCCGUAAUACGGAACUGGAAGAGACGAAUGACCUUGGUCUUUCGACCAGUUCUCCCGUCAGUCCAUUGUACCAACAGAGUGCCAUCGUGCGUCCCGUGCCGAUCAGCUUAUGCAGGAACGACACGCGGCAGUUCGAUGCUGUCAGUUCUCCGCUGUUCAUAUCAAAUGCGCACAUCGUCGUGCAGAGCCCCCUGCAGGCGUCGCCGAGCAGCGCCACGUCGGAGCUGACCCAGUGCAGUUACCCGUCAUCGCCGGCUUCGUCUUUCCUACACUUGUCUCAACAACUGGUAAGUCGAGAGCCACCGUUUCUGCAGAACUCACCGAAUAGCUCACAGCCAUCUCUGUUGAUCAGGCCGUCGUUUGGAGGUCUUCAGUUUCCCUUGGUGAGUUACCCUUCUCCGAUGUCUGCGAACUCUAGUCAGAGCUACACGGCCUACAAACACGAACUGCCAUGGAACGAAUGCGCAAACGCUAACGCAGACUCGAGCGAAAUCGGCUCUUCACAGCCGAAUGUCAAAACCGAACUCUGCCCGCCAAUUUACAGCCAGGAAAAAGCAACUCUCGAGUCGUCGGACAUUUCCGCUUCAAAGAGGAUUUCGACUACAAAGCGCCCAGCCGACAGUACUAUCGAUUCCGGUGAAAGGAAGCGAGUUCUUCAUUUGCAAGCGGAGCAGUCAAGGAGAAGUGCCCUGAAGAUGGGCUUUGAACUGCUCGAAGACUUGGUGUGCGAUUCGCUUUCGAAGAACGCCAAGCCGACCAAUGCCCUGGUGCUAGCAAGAGCCGUGGAUCAGAUUCGUACGCUUAAAGCAGAUUGCACUUCAAACGAGUCGAUCAUCAGCCUUAUGAAGGCCGAGAUCGAUAAGAUCAGCGAAAAGAUCGCUUCGUAUCAGAGUCAUCUAAACGCGUCGCAUGGGAGUGCGAAGAUAACGCCUUUUAACGAAAUGGUCGAUAACUGUUUUAAGUUGCAGCUACAGAAGGAGUGGAAGCUUUGGCCGCUUUAUCUUUUGUUCCAACAUCUUACCGAAACUUUUAACAGCGAAGUCAAUGGACAAAACGUCGAUGAGUUGUUGACCUCGGCUCAGGAAUGGGCUCAGAAACACUGCACCCGCAACGCUAUCAGACCAGUGCUUUCAAACCUACUCGUUCAGCUGGCCACCGAUACGCCAAUUUUUUCCGAUCCGCAGGCAUUCAAACUGUAUGUAAAAAAGAAGAUAUCGUGA